UUUAAUGACGGUUAAUGUGUUUGUGCAAAUUUUGUUUCCAGGAAAAGAACGCAUCUUUCAUCGAUCGAAUAAAAGAUUUCUAAAAAUGAAUUACUAAUUCUCAUUUCGAGUGAUCAGAAAUAUAACGACUAAAUGCUCGUGACAAAAGCGAUAUAUAAAAACAAAGCAAAACAUUUCUGUUUGCUUUAUUCGGAUGCUAAAACUCUGAAGUAGUUCUUGAUCGAAAACAAUAAUAAUUACGAGUUGCAUCCAAAUCUCAAAGCCUAAUAUUACCGAUUCUUUUUUUUUUUUUAUAAAUAUUUACUUCAAAAACUUAUAGAUUUAUCUUCUUUAAUCAUGGAAAACCCCAAAAAUAUAAUUACAUCUAAUUUUAAAAGUAAAGGUUAUGAAAAUGUUAACCCAGUUGUAUUGCCUCCGAAAUGUAUGAGCCUCAAUGAUUUUCAUCUUGACAAUCGGAAUACAUUUCUUGAUUCUCACAAUGAAAAGGAAUUGCCACAAUCGUCAAAGAAAAAACGAAAAAUCAAAAAGCAACAUAUCGAUCACUGGCAUAUUAACAAAGAAUAUCGUGAAGAAAUCGCAUCGUUUUCAUCUCACAACGAAGAUCAUAUCAAUUGUACGGAUCAAAAAUAUAUAUCAGAAAAUGAAUUCUUCAAUGAUGCUCCCAUUACGAACACAUCUUUAAUAUAUUCUGAAUCUAUAGGGACAAAGAAAAAAGCACAAAAAUAUGAGAAGAACCAGUAUAAAGCUAAAUGUGGGUUUACCAAUUCUAUGGAGAAACCAAACAGGUCACACAACUCAAGUUCAAAAAACAGGAAACGUAAAAAAAAUUCAAAUUCAUUCAUUCAGUACUCUCUAUUGGACCAACAAGCGUUCCUGUUAUGGUUCAGCGAGCAGUAUUUUGAAUGCAGCCAGCGUUACCCGUAUGAUACCCACCAGGAACUGCAAGAGAGAAAGAAACCAGAAUGGCAGGAAUUAGAAAGCCGUCGAAAAGCUUUCUAUUAUCUGCGGGCCCAGAAUGCAUCACGUGAUGAGUAUAAACAUUCUUACACAGACACACCCACAGAAACUCAAAUGAAUACACAUAAUGAUGGAACAAAAGAAUGUUUAGAAAAUCAGAAAAAACAAAAUAUUAUUAACAAGGAAGAUGAUAAUUCGUUAUUCAUAUCGCAUCCAGAACAACAGAUUCAUUGGAAUAACCAAUUUAUGAACUAUCAUAAUCAGAAAGCGUCUAGUGUAUAUAAUCUCAAUAGUCCCAGAAUAUCUUCAACAGAUUUCUGGCAACAAAAACCAAAAGACAUGCAAUGUAAAUGCAAAGAGAAUUUGACUAUGAAAGAAAGUUUUCAUGAACAAAAUUUCAAUUGGAUAGUGCAGAAAUUAAUAUUAGGACAAUAUGUGAAUUUUCCAUCCAAUAUUUAUUCGGAGCAACUAUCAUUGACUCUUACACUUCUAGCUGAAUUGGAAGCUAGUGGUGCAUUAGCAGUUGGUUAACAAUAGCCGAUGGGAUUGACUUGUAUCAUCAUAAUGAGAUACAACCUAUUCAGACAAUAAAAAUAUUAACUUU